UUUGCUCCUCCCUCCUUCUUGCCAGCCUUGUCAUCUGCUGGGGCACUGCCUGGUUUACCUUUCCCUCCUACCCUGCCAGAUUGUACUCCGCCCUGUGCUAAACAGUAACUGGGUUUAUCAGUUAAACAAUCAUUUAACCUUUCACAUCCCCAUUCUGAUCAGCCUAAAGUAGGCAGGUGCAACCUCAUACUCUGCAGCUCCCAGUCUGGCUCACUCUAUACUUCAUCCAGAAAGAGAGGUAUGUAGGUGAAACUGUCCUCCAUGCCUCUGUUUCUGGGAGAACAUAAGAGGAGCCAGACUGGGAAGAGCUAUAGCUGAGCCAGUUCCCGCUAUCUGAGGCUGAUCAGCAGGAGUGUGUGCAGGGCAGUCUUACCUGGAUUCUGCAACCAUGGCAAUGCUUGAGAACCGCUGGGCUAUGGGGAAAUCAUUGUAGGCUUGGUGUCUUGGAAACAUGGAAUCGAUCUCAAUGAUGGGAAGCCCCAAGAACUGCAAUGAAACCUUCUUACCAAAUGGUGUCAAUGGUAUCAAGGAUGCCAGUAAGAUCCCUGUAGGCAUAAUUGGAAGUGGAGACUUUGCCAAGUCCCUGACCAUUCGGCUUAUCAGAUGCGGAUACCAUGUAGUCAUAGGAAGCAGAAACCCCAAAUUUGCUGCUGAGUUCUUUCCACAUGUGGUUGAUGUCACUCACCAUGAAGAUGCAGUAGCCAAAACUAACAUAAUUUUUGUUGCCAUACACAGAGAACAUUAUGCCUCUUUGUGGGACCUGAAGCAUCUACUUGUUGGUAAAAUUCUUGUUGAUGUUAGCAACAAUACAAGAGUAGAUCAGUAUCCAGAAUCCAAUGCAGAGUAUCUGGCAUCACUUUUCCCAGAUUCUUCCAUUGUCAAAGGAUUUAAUGUAGUGUCAGCCUGGGCGCUACAGUUAGGACCCAAGGAUGCCAGCAGACAGGUCUAUAUAUGCAGUAGCAAUGUGCAAGCUCGCCAUCAAGUCAUUGAACUUGCUCGUCAGUUGAAUUUUAUUCCCAUUGAUUUGGGAGCAUUGUCAGCAUCAAGGGAGAUUGAAAACUUACCUCUACGACUGUUCACACUGUGGAAAGGGCCAGUAGUGUUGGCUGUUAGCCUGGCCACUUUUUUCUUCAUCUACUCCUUCAUCAGAGAUGUGAUACAUCCAUAUGUGAGAAAUCAGCAGAGUGACUUUUACAAGAUUCCCAUUGAGAUUGUGAACAAGACUUUACCAGUUGUUGCUAUCACGUUGUUGUCUCUGGUGUAUUUAUCAGGACUCCUGGCAGCUGCUUAUCAGCUUUACUAUGGCACUAAAUAUAGGCGAUUUCCUCCUUGGCUGGAGAGUUGGUUGCAAUGUAGAAAGCAGCUUGGUCUACUCAGUUUUUUCUUUGCUACAGUACAUGUGGCUUACAGCCUCUGCUUACCUAUGAGGAGGUCAGAACGAUAUUUGUUUCUCAAUAUGGCUUAUCAACAGGUUCAUGCAAAUGUUGAAAAUUCUUGGAAUGAGGAAGAAGUGUGGCGAAUCGAAAUGUAUAUCUCCUUUGGAAUAAUGAGCCUUGGGUUGCUUUCUUUGCUGGCAGUAACAUCCAUCCCUUCAGUAAACAGUGCCUUAAACUGGAGGGAAUUCAGUUUUAUUCAGUCUACACUUGGAUAUGUCGCUCUGCUCAUAAGUACUUUCCACGUAUUAAUUUAUGGGUGGAAAAGAGCCUUUGAAGAGGAAUACUACAGGUUUUAUACACCACCAAACUUUGUUCUUGCCCUUGUUUUGCCUUGUGUUGUAAUUCUAGGUAAGAUCAUUUUACUCCUCCCAUGUAUAAGCAGGAAACUGAGAAGAAUUAGAAGAGGAUGGGAAAAAAGCCAGGUUAUGGAAGAAACAAGUGGAACUGUUCCACAUGUCUCACCAGAAAGGGUAACAGUGAUGUGAUGACAACAUAGAACUUAUUAAUACUAUUAUAGAUGUUGCUGUUUCUGUUUUAAAACUUGUAUUUUCAGGACUUUGUAUAACUGAAGUGUAAAACUUGCUAUAGCUGGCAUAUGAUAAAAGCCCUUAAGUAUGGUAUGAACAAUUUAUUUUUCCUCAGACAAUUACAAAAAAUAUUUUAGUUUUAAAUUGCAAGAGGGCAAAUGAUAUGAAGUCAGGAUUUUUUUAUGCUGUUUUGCACAUUACAAACAAAAAAGUUUAUUUUUUAUUAAAACCUUGUUUUCCAGACAGCAUUUCUUUAACUAAGAGUGUUAUGUUCCAGACAGUGUUUUUUUUAAUAGCAUAUUUUCCAGACAGAGCUUCUUUUAUUAAAACUGCACUUUUAGUUAGUGAAUCCAGAAUGUAGACUAAUAGAUUUCAUUAAUUUAGAAAACAAACAUGAUGUGAAAUAAUGCAGAUUAAUUUAUAAAGUGUUAUUGGACAUGUACAGUACAUUUGUGUAGCUUGACAAGGAUUUUUCAUCUUUACAUUACUUGAAUAUGUAAUUUAAAAAAUGAAAUUAUGUUCUAAUGAUGCAUAUUGUAACUAAAUGGAAUAGCACAUAUAUAUAGGAUUUUAGACAUUUAACUGCAGGUGACUUUAACCUAAAGCAUCUAAUGAAAAUUCAAUACAAUACUUAGAAAGUGUUGAGUUACCUGUGUAAGUGUCAGCUAAUGGUCAUUGAAAAAAAAGGAAUUUCAAAUGCCAAAAAUUAUUUAAAAAAUAGAGUUCUGAGAAAUCUGCCACAACAAAAAAAAUUCCAAUCUCCUUGGUAACAUUUUCAAUAUCUAACCAAGUAUGGAACCAACAUAACAUUGCUGUGAUUUCAGUUUCUCUGUUGGAGUUUUACUUCACAUGAAUUUUCCUGACUACAUCUAAUAACCUUAAUAUCUUUUAAAUUUUCUUUUAGCAAAAAUAAUCUUCAAUUUCUAUAUAAAAUUUUCAUUUUUACAGCCAGCAUUUAUGGAGCAUGUGCUAAUGUGACUUUUUUUAAAAAUGCAAUCAAAAAGUCCUAUAUAUCAAAACUUUAACAUAACUUGAUGAACCUAUAAAAAGAAUGUUUUCCCUUUAAUCCUUGAAAUUCUGGUUGUCCAGGGAAUUCUAAGGAACAUUUGGAAUGAUUUAACCAUUGCUAUCAUAUCAUGUUUUAUUCUUCUCUAAACAAUUGUCCAAACUCUUCCCCUUGCACUUCUGCUACUCAUACUGAAGUAAGUAGAAGUUCUUAAUGCAUUCAAGUCUAAAUUUGGUCCUGGUUUUAUGUAAAUUGUUCUUUUUUCUGUGCUUUAGCCUUAUCUAGCAUUUUCUCUUAGCUGUACUAUUUUCAAUUACUUGUCUUCAUUUAUACUGUCUGUUAUAUAACUAUGAUCUAGGACAGCAUAGUAUGUAUGUUUAACUUUCAAAUGCAAGUAGUCUCACAGGUUUUAUUAGUCUUUGUUUGCAGUGAAAUCAGCAGCCCCACAAAAUGUAUGUAUCUGGGGCCAGAUUUUGCUCCCAGUUACAUCAAUGUAAAUGUGAAAUAACAAUUAAAUGUAAAUUAUGUUUAGUUUCUUUACAAAGAGAAGAACCCAAAAACCAGAUUUAUCAAUAUUCAGUGUAAUUUCUAAACUUGUCAAACAAAAGAAGGUUAGAAGCAUAGGAUCGUAGAGUUUCUCUAGGAUUUAUCAGAAUCCUGAAAAAUCUAUUUCAGUUGUGGACCACUUUCACAUGUUUUGUUUGGUCAAAACGCAAACUCACACACAAAAUGAAACUCAGGGUAGAGAUGCAUGGAUGCUGGGUAAACUGUUUGCAUUACUCUACUCCAGGGGCUGGCAACCUUUAGAAACUGUGGGCCAGAACAAUCCGGCUCAGCACAGGCAGGCUGGCUUCAGUAGAGUGUGUGUGGAGGUGGGGGUGGGCAGGAUGCCUGUACCUGUGCCAAGGCCAUGCAGCUGGGAGCUGCGCCCAUGCCAUUGCCACUUUUCCCUGCCCCCCACUCCCUUACUGUAGUGCAGGCACAGCGUCCAGCUAAUUGGGAACUGAGCUAGGGCUGGGCAGCUAUAAGCUACAUCCAUGCUGCUGCCACUUCUUUCUUCUCUUCCUCUCCCCCCCUUACGCCCUCCUUGUGCUGCAGCUAGAAGCUGCGCGGCUCCAGCUCAUUUCCCCUCUGCACAGCAGCCAAGGAGUCAGGGGCCAGAGACAAGUGGCAGUUUUGCAAGUACAGCUUCCAGAUGCCCAGCCCUAGUGCAGCUCCUCACUGCUCAGCGCUAGCAAAGGCAUAGGUGGAGGCAAAAUCAUCUGGCUCCACAAGCCAGAUCCAGCUGCUCCACAGGCCAUAUAUGCCAACCCCUGCUCUACUCUGUUAAACUAGUUUUGAACAUCUUUAGUCAUCUUUCUUAUCCAGUGAGAGCCCAAUUAGAGUUUUUCACAGAAAAAUAUGGUUUUGUCAUUUUUCCCUGUUAAUUUCUUUUCAACUUUUUUCAAAAAAACAAAAAUGAAAAAGGGGAGGAGGGUGUACAUUUUUCCAAAAUAUUCAAAAAUGUUAAUUUUGGGAAUUUCUGGGGGGGGGGGGGGGGGGGGGGGGUUCUGAUUUUCAUCAUCAUCCUUUUUCUUCACCAGAAAAGAAAGAAAUAGAAAAGUAAGAACAAUGCAGAAAACCCACUUUCUAUCAUUUUUUUACUUCCCUACCUUUCAUGUCAUGAAGCUGACUUAAAACUUCCACCGGAAAAAUUCAAAAGGAGAGGAAGCAGUUUUUCUGAUUUGCUAAAAAAUUCCCCCUCAUUUUCACUUGAGAAAAAGGGAGGAAGUAAAAAAAGUAAAAGACAAAAAUUUAAAAAUAUAUUCUCAAUUGAAUUUUUUAUUUUGUUUAUAAAAAAUGUAUCUUUAAUUUAUUAAAAAUUGAAAUUAAAACUAUUAUAUGACUUAAAAAUCAUUCAUGUAUUUUAAUUUUUUUAACUGGAUCAUCUAAUCCUUUUUUCAUGGGUAGUCAGGAAGUUCAUGGUGGUGUUAUUUCUAAUAAAGACAGAAAUGAAGUUUCUAAAUUGCAUAAGUUUCAUUUAAAAUGGCCUAGUUUUCCUUUAUAGGCGAUGAAAUUUAUUGCUGUGCAGAGGGCCAGCACAAGGCAGGUAUUUAGGUUCCAAUCUUAACUUUUGCAUAUAUAUGAAGAUCUUUAGAUAUAAAAAUAGUUCAGCUGCUUAGAGCUAUUCACUUGCUUAGAUUUGCUCAUGUACACUGGUGUUUGCAAUGGGUCCCAUAAACCUUUUUUUUCUGAUUCUGUGUGAUGCAUAGGUCUUGUUACUUUCUCCCUGCAUGGUAGUGGGUUUCUUCCAGCAUGCAGAUGGGUGAGAAGCCACUCUGCUAAGCUGGGAAGAGGACUGUGCUUACUUGCCUGUAAGAUGGUGAAGAAAGAUUUUGUCACCAUUAUUCCAUUGAAUUCCAUACAGGAAGCUAGUGUGAAAAGAUAGGAAUGUUUACCCUAAGUAAAUUACAAUAAAUUCUAACAUAUUAGAAUGUAUGCUUCUAGCUACACAUAGGCAACUCUUUUGAAAUCAAGACUGUUAGCAGUGUAGCUCAGAACAUGGCCAUAUAUCUCCAAAUAAUUGUAGAACUAAAAUUACUAGGUCAAUAUUUAAUACACACAAAUUAUUUCAUAGUAAUUCCACUACUAAUAAGCCACUAAUUUCCAUAUCUUGUUCAAUGCAAAUGUGAUGAUGCUGGAGCAACAAUUAUGCAUUACUGCCAUAGUUUCUUUAGUCUGUGGUAGGCCAUCCAUACACUUGCAGUACAUUUAGAAAUAUAUUUGAAAUAAUUCCUAUGCAAAAGGCAUAUUUAAUUCUUAAAGAAAAAUACCAUGCCAUGCAGCUCAAAUUUAACAUAUUUAAGAAGUAAUUAAACUAUCUCAUGAUUGUGUUCUCUCAAGACUAUUUAAACUCAUUAGUUUUGGAUCACAAGAUGCUUCUUAAAGAAAAUGUCAUUUUUUGCUAUAUGUUUUUACCAUAUGUACAGGAGAUCCAAAUAUGUUUCAACUAUUUGAAAAUUUAAAUACUGAAGCAUGAAUAAGUAGAUUAUAUUUUUAGUCAAAUAAAUGAAGACAUUUCAUUUGAAAUGUGAAAUAGUUAUAUAACAUAUGGAAAAACAUAUGAAAUUGAAAUAAGUAGGCUUGCUCUUAAAUAUUUUGUAGUGUACUCUAUUUUGAAGACUGAAUCUAUUCAGCAAAAGAAGCUAUACAUUAAUUCUAAGAGUAAAGUGACAGACUUUUACCACCAGCAGCAGUACCUUAAUUUACCACACAUUAUGGAUCACAGCAUACAAACUUUUACUCAUAUAAAAAAUCCUUAUUUCACAUCAAUCCUUAAUCAUGUUGAUUUCUUUAAAUGAUUUAGAUAAGUACUUCUCAGAUGAGUCAAGAUUUGAAGAUCAGGUCCUAAAAUCAAAAUGUUCACUAUGAGUUGCCCUUAAUUACGUAGCUAAAUCCAUUUUUAGAUAUCUCAACUAUUUAGGUGCUAGAUCUGUGUUUGGAUGCCUUUACAACCAUCUGUGGGAAUCAUCUAUUUUUAUGCAGCAUUAUGUUAACUGUUUCUUGGUUGUAGAGAGAUGCUAUAUACGUAAUAAGAAAAUAAUUUUGACUUCUCUUCAUUAGAGCCUGACACUAUAACAAAAUACUGGUUAAUAUGCAAUGCAAUACCAUUCACAUUUUAUUAGAAAAUGCACAUUUCUAUGCAAUAAAUCAUUGGAAAGGCAUUUGAGAACUUGUUCUUUGUUGUUUGUGAAUAUUAAGGUAUAUUUUCUUAUCCACAGUGUGUAAAAUAUGGUCUCAUAAAUAUAUUUCAUAUUUGUUCUGAAUUUCACAGUGUAAUUCUAUAAUGUACAAAUUCUGAUUAAAUCAGCUUGUCAAACUUGAAUUUUAAUAGCUAAAUGAUUAUGAGAUUCUUUUGUAUUUUGUUGUAAAUUCAUUGCCUACUUAGUGGGUGAAAAUGUUGUAUUUACUUGUAUACUGGUGCCAUGUCUGAAUUUUUGUUCUAAAAUUGUACAGUAUGUGAUGUGACCACUUGAGAAUGUAUGUUUACCUUUAUUGAUAAAUGGGUUAUAAAAUAUCUUGUACAUGUUCAGUGUGUAAUUAGCUAUAAAUGCUGCCCUAAUAGCAUUAAUAAAAACAAAUAAGGAAGAUUUUUUUGUUCCCACAUUUCACAAAUAUUAAUAUAGGUAGGAACCUGAGUUCUUCUAAAUCUGAUAAAAUCAAAGGUCAGAAAUUGUCAAGCACAUAAGGAUUAGAUACUUGAGUAUGAUAUUUUCAGCAGUUCACAUGAAUAUGCUCAGUGGUAGUAGAUGCAUAUGCAUAGUUCUUUGCAAACAAUGCAUCUCUGAAUAGAGAAGUUUUGCCAUUAUUGGGUGUUUAUCCUAGAUCUUAUAGUAUUUCCAAUAAAUGUAUUAAGUCAUUUGCAGUUCUGAUAUUGUACCACUGUGUACUGCUUGAAUUAACUAGAUUGCAACCUUUAAAAUGGGUAACAAAUUGAACUUAAGUAAAGAGUGACCUCCAAAACCAUUGCAAAUUAUUUAUCAUGCCUAGCUGACGAUGUUUUACAGUGGAAAAAAUAAGUCUCCUCUGUGCAGCUUAGUAGUUCUCUCUAUCUGUAGUUGUGUAUUCACUCAGACUUUGUUGAUGUGUUUGUGUUAUCUGUCCAAACAGGGCUAUUAUAAAUUACUGGUAGUGCUUUUGCAUAUUUUUCCAUAGAAAUCUGUUUUACACAAAGAUGAAUAAAAAGUUAAUGUUGAA